AUGGGUGGAUUCCUGUCUCAUCUGAAACCAGAACAAAACUCUCAAGUUCUGAAUGCCACGUGUGGCCCGAUCCGAGGAAAUAUCUAUAGACAUGUAAGUUAGGAUCAAUCUUCAACUCACAGUAUCCUUUUCGGCUUUAGGACGAGAAAAUAGUGGAUGGUUACUUGGGAAUUCCGUUUGCAAAGCCUCCGAUCGGAGAGCUCCGUUUCAAGAAGCCGGUGCCUGCUGAAAAGUGGGCGGAGCCUAGAGACUGUUACACGUACGGACCCGGAUGCCCACAGUCUGGACAAUAUUCUGCGGUAAUCCAGAAUCCAGAGCGUUCCGAGCAAAUGCUGGAGGUUUUCAGUUGAUUCCGGAUGGAUUGGCAGAGUUUGACGAGGACAACUGCUUGACUUUGAAUGUGUUUGCUCCGAGAUGGAAGUCCGAAGAGUUUGUGAGUUUUCCAAGUCUUCCAGGUUUUCACAACAGAAACGUUUCAGCCAAAUGGUCGACCAGUGAUGGUAUACUUUUACGGAGGAGGAUUCGAGAUCGGAACCUCCAGUUCCAUCCACGACUACUCGCUUUCUGGCACACUUCCGCUGAAAGACGUGAUAGUGGUGACGGUGAACUACCGUGUGGGACCAUUGGGAUUUCUGACGACGGGCGAUUCCGUGGCACGUGGCAACUGCGGACUGUGGGACCAGACGCUCGGUCUCCAGUGGGUCCGGCAGCACAUUGGCUCGUUCGGAGGAGACGCACACAAUGUGAGCAUCUUCGGAACGAGUGCCGGCGGAGCAAGUGUCGACUUGUUGGCUCUCAGUCCGCAUUCCAACAGUACGUACAUCCCGGGGCUCCGCUCGGCAACGAUCUAUUCGCUUCAGAACUAUUCCGUCGCUUCAUCGCCAUGUCCGGAACGGCUUUCUGCGAUUUCGCGUGUAGACCUCAACUACUUCAGGCUCAAAUAUUCACAGAGUUUGCUCAACAUCACGGCUACAGCGGGAAUGGUGAGUUGUCAACAUUCGAAAGUGUCCCAUUAUUAUCUAAUUCCAGAUUCCGAUAGUCUUCUAGCUUGGUAUCAAUCCCAGCCAGUCUCCAAGUUCAAGGAUAUGGCGGGUUCAAAAAAACAGCAUCUGGAUUUCUGA